GAACCAAAGAUGACUUCAGCUACCAGCUUGCUGUUUUUAGUGAUCCAUUUUGCCUGUAUCAGAGCUGGAAAUUCCUCUGAGAGUAAGUUGUGCCAUAAAUUCCAUAAUAAUGGUUAUAAAAUGUUAUAUACAAAAACACAAAAACAGCUGAUUGUUAACUUUGUGGUUUGGGAGAACUGUAUAUAAUUUUUUACUAAAAGUUCAGUAAGAUUGGUCACAUUAUGAUAAAACUGACUACUAUAACAGUAAUUCUCUUUUGUAUUAAUGUCAAUUUUUCUCUGUAAUGAUAUUUUACUUAUAGCUUUUGUCAAACUGGAGUGUAAAGAAGAAUACCAUGGGGUUCAUGAUCAGCAGUCACUGCUGGAGUGUAAUGUCAAAACUGUUCAGAACGUGACCAUCUUGACAGUGACCUGGAAGAGAGUGGGAGGUGAUGCAUCUUUGUUGGAAUACCAUAAAGAAGAAAAUAACUCAACCCUUGGAUUUAAAUUUGCCGUGCCAUCCUGGAACAAGAAGAAUAUGAAUGUGUCCUUGUUGUUGACAAAUACCAAGAUGGCCGACAAGGGGGCGUAUGAAUGCAUGGAGGAAACAGACAGUGGUGAUGCCAGUUUGUGAUCUACAGUUCAACCAAGUGUGAUUACAAAAAGAUAAACACCUUUCAACACAGGUUCAUGAAAGAAGCAAACUGAACAUGUGAGAUAUUCAGCCACUCUUGGAGGGCAAUAGAAGAAUACAAUACAAUACAACAACUUAUUUAUUUGUAUGUGUUUCGGAUCAAAGCCUUCAUCUGGGUGUUAUGACUGAUUUGAGGACUAGGCUGCCGAAGUUCUAUCAACAUAUCGACUGUUGUACUCGCGCGGCUAAAACCCUCAACCAUUACUCCGCAAGUCAAUCAAACAGGCAAAACGGCAGUAUAGAGACAAAGUGGAGUCGCAAUUCAACAGCUCAGACACGAGGCAUAUGUGGCAGGGUCUACAGACAAUCACGGACUACAAAAGGAAAACCAGCCACGUCUUGCUUCCGGACAAGCUAAACACCUUCUUCGCCCACUUUGAGGAUAACACAGUGCCACCAACGCGGCCCACUACCAAGGACUGUGGGCGCUCCUUCUCCGUGGCCGACGUGAGUAAGACAUUUUUGCGUGUUAACCCUCGCAAGGCUGCCGGCCCAGACGGCAUCCCUAGCUGCGUCCUCAGAGCAUGCGCAGACCAGCUGGCUGGUGUGUUUACGGACCUAUUCAAACUCUCCCCAUCCCAAUCUGCUGUCCCCAAAUGCUUCAAGAUGAACACCAUUGUUCCUGUACCCAAGAAAGCAAAGGUAGCUGAACUAAAUGACUAUCGCCCCGUAGCACUCACCUCUGUCAUCAUGAAGUGCUUUGAGAGACUAGUCAAGGAUUAUAUCACCUCUACCUUAUCUGUCACCCUAGACCCACUUCAAUUUGCUUACCACCCCAAUAGAUCCACAGUCGAUGCAAUCGCCAUCACACUGCACUCUGCCCUAUCCCAUCUGGACAAGAGGAAUACCUAUGUAAGAAUACUGUUCAUUGACUAUAGCUCAGCAUUCAACACCAUAGUACCCUCCAAGCUCUUCAUUAAGCUCGAGGCCCUGGGUCUGAACCCCGCCCUGCGCAACUGAGUCCUGGACUUCCUGACGGGCCGCCCCCAGGUGGUGAAGGUAGGAAACAACACCAACACUUCGCUGAUCCUCAACACUGGGGCCCCAUAAGGGUGCAUGCUCAGCCCACUCCUGUACUCCCUGUUCACCCAUGACUGUGUGGCCAAGCAUGCCUCCAACUCAAUCAUCAAGUUUGUAGACGACACAACAGUAGAAGGCUUGAUUACCAACAAUGAGGAGACAGCCUACAGGGAGGAGGUGAGGGCUCUGGGAGUGUUGUGCCAGGAAAAUAACCUCUCACUCAAUGUCAACAAAACAAAGGAGAUGAUCGUGGACUUCAGGAAACAUCAGAGGGUGCACCCCCCUAUCCACAUUGACGGGACCAUAGUGGAGAAGGUAGAAAGCUUCAAGUUCCUUGGCGUACACAUCACUGACAAACUUAAAUGGUCCACCCACACAGACAGUGUGGUGAAGAAGGCGCAACAGAGCUAAAACCCUCACAAACUUUUACAGAUGCACAAUUGAGAGCAUCCUGUCGGGCUGUAUCACCGCCUGGUAUGGCAACUGCACCGCCCGCAACCGCAGGGCUCUCCAGAGGGUGGUGCGGUCUACCCAAUGCAUUACCGGGGGCACACUACCCGCCCUCCAGCUUCUAUCUCAAGGCCAUCAGACUGUUAAAUAGCCAUCACUAGCACAUUAUCAACAUAGACUAGAAAUCACUGGCCACUUUAAGAAAUGGAACACUAGUCACUUUAAUAAUGUUUACAUAUCUUGCAUUACUCAUCUCAUAUGUAUAUACUGUAUUCCAUAAUAUUCGACUGUAUCUAAGUCCAUGCUGCUCUGUCAUUGCUCGUCCAUAUAUGUAUAUAUUCUUAAUUCCAUCCCUUACUUAGAUUGUGUGUAUUGUGUAUAUAUUGUGAAAUUAUUCGAUAUUACUUGUUAGAUAUUACUGCACUGUCGGAGCUAGAAGCAGAAGCAUUUCGCUACACCUGCAAUAACAUCUGCUAAACACGUGUAUGUGACAAAUAACAUUUGAUUUGAUUUGAUUGGAUGCCCACAUGCCGAAAUGCGUUGGAAUGAAGUUCUAUUGAACUUCCAUUGUUGUCACAUACACACAAUUUCAUACAGUUAUGAUAUAAAGUUGAUAAGGAUGUUUAUUCUGGAAUAUGUUCAGGGGGAGUUCAGAUCUAUUUGUAAGUGUGUGAUUGUACAGCACAGCAGGAUUGUUGUUUACUUUCUGUUUCAGAAUGACAGUGCUCAAAUGGUACACAGUAGUACCACGUCCACAACUAGCCUCCAUAAUGCCAUUCUGCCCAUGGCAUGCAAUCAGUGUUUACAAAUAAUGUACACAGACUCAAUUAGAAUAUGUGAGUGAUAAAAGAAAGGUCAUUCCAGUUUAUUAAAAAUCACUCCCACUGUAAUCUCAUUCCAAGUUAUAACCAUUGAAUUGAUGUUGAAAAGGUGCAGAGUCUGUCUUAACAAUGUUUACCCACUGACGUUGUUAACUACUGUUGCGAACAGCACCCACAUGUAUAUAAUAUAAUGUAUCUUCCUCUCUCUCUUCCAGCUAUGUACAAAUCUCCAACCAUGAGUUCCAGUCCUGAGAACAGCAUCAAACAGAACACGAAUGUGACCAUUUUCUGCAACUCUACAGGCGGGCACCAAAAAGGGUUGAUCUGGUGGUUUGACGAGUUUGGCACAAACUGCACAGAGAGUGCUGAACUGGUGGCCAAAGAGACCGACGACGAACUGUUUAGCCUCUCCAGUAAACUAACAGUUCUGAAGGCUACAUACAGUGGUUCCACAAACUACUCAUGCACAGUGCACAACACCAAUGGAGUCCAGGAAGGGAAGGCAUCAUUUGAGAUCCUGUUUGUACGUUCAGCAGGUACGUUCUGCCAUCGUGGUCGGUAUACACAGUUUGUAUGA